AUGCAACACUCGAAUGAUGAGGGAGGUGAAGAAGAUACCCGAUUCAUCAUAUGCCCAUAUGGAGAUUCAUUCACGAACGCUACGUACGUUGUGAGGCAACUUAAUAAAAUAGUGAAUAACUAUUGGAGGGGGCCAUGGAAUAGUUACUGCAGCGCGCCAAAACAAGUAAAGGAUUUGUGGUGGAAUGAGUUCAAGCGGAAGUUCGGUUGGGAUGAAACGGAAGAGGAUAAAGUUAGAAGAAUUUUUAAGAAGAAAGCCGGUGAUCAUAUACGAAAUGUGAUGAAUAAAGCAAAGAGAAGUCAAGGGAAGCCAAAUUUCAUUACCGGUGACGAUUGGACAGAAAUAAAGAGAAUUUGGGAAAGUGAAAAGAAUAUGCAAAUGAGUGAACAGAACAAGAAGAAUCGAGCUUCUAGUUCUCUCGAAGGGUCUGCGACAUAUACGGGGGGUUCUAUCAACAUUGGGGAGCAUAAAAAAAGAAUAGCAAAUGAACUGGGGACGGAAUCGACAUAUACAGCUACAUUUGAACGCACAUUUCAAAAGAAAGAUAAGACAUGGAUCGGCGACCGAGCAAAAGCUAUUAAGGAAAAAUAUGACGAGCUUUUAAUGAGUACGGCUAGUAGUGGUGAUGGUGGGGCUGCGUCUGAGCUAGUAGUUGACAAUAUGGCAUUAUGGGUGGAGGCAUCGAGUGGGAUGAAAAGGGGGAAAUAUUUGGGAUGAGAUCCUUGUCAAGGGUAUACACAGCAAGGGCUGCAGCAAGUUCAUCCUUUAAUGCGGCUAUUUCAAGGAGGACACGACUUGAUGAACAAGUGACCCAAGAAUUGACCCAACCGAGACAUUUACUUGUAGAGAAGGACAAAGAAAUAAGAGUGGUCAAAGAACAAAUGUCAUAGAAGGAUGAGAAAAUGAGAGUGGUCAAUGAGUGACAUAAAUCUCUAGAGUCUCAAAUGCAAUUGGUAUUGCGACACCUCAACCUAAAUCAAGAUCGGGUUCCUCCUGUACCUCCCACUAAUCAAAUUGGUGAUGGGCACAAUGAUGACCGACACAAUGAUGAUGAGAUUGUUGAUGAUGAUGAUGAUAUUGUUCG